AAGAGCUUGCAGAAUGUUCUCUGGCUUUGCAAUAUUGCGUAUUACACAUUGGAUCCGAGAGCUCAUCUCAAUGUGUGAUAUUACGGAUGUUGAUAAAUCAGUUAUGCUACUAUAAUAGAUGCUGCAGUCCAAAGUUCUCAAUUUAACCCUUUGAAUUAAAUAUUUAUUUUACUAAAAAUAGCGGAUCAUUUAUAUUUAUCAUGAAGUUUAAUUUAUCACUUACCCCAUGUUCUCUAAUUGUAGGAAAAUGUCCACAAUGUAUACGCAAAUAAUUACCUGGUCAUGGAUCCUAUUAAUUUCGAUGUGAAGUACAAUUGUGUAAAAUGGAAUGACAAAAAUGAAUCAACACUGGAUCUUACUGGAUCUUGCUGGAUCCAAGAAAAUAUUUUGACAUUUUUAUGCAUAUACUAGCAAAAUUAAAGUAAAAACAGAAGAUGUACUCUUCACGGGAUAAGACAUCAGACCCUUUUUAUAAACCUCACAAUACUGCCCAGAAGACAAGUGCUGAAAUAAUAAAUGAAGCUAGAAAUUCUCUUCGGACAUUGAAAACAAGAAGGCCGUUCACACCAAGAGAAGAUCAAAGAAAACUGUUUGGUCCUUUAUCAUCAAGGACAUCGGAUAACAGACCACCUUCCUCAUUUAGCCUGCAUUCCUGUAGCUUUGAAUCUCCUGAUUCGAGACCGGUGUCAGGAACACGCUUAAGCCCUUUGCCACAUAAGCCUAAGCUUCCAUCUUCUGAAACAGAGGAGAAGGUUAUACUAUCAGCCCCUCAGCCACCUUUGCAUGCAGUGCAACCAAAAAGGUCUUGUAGAACUCGGACACGCUUGUUGAUAGCUACAUCUCAUGAAAGUGUUUUGGCUGAUCCUAGUAUUCAACAAGUAUAUGGAAAGGGUUCGAAAAUCUCAAAACAAAUUCCUUUCAUAAAGGAGGAUGCUUCUGAACAAGACAUAGCUUCCGAUAACAACUUUGCAGACCAACCAAGCUCAAAUAUUGUUUGUAAGCCAGAAGCUCAAGGGAGAGCUGAAGUGACAUCAAACCCAACAUAUAAAAGCCGGCAUGCUGAUGGAAACCAAAGCAUAUCUCCAUCUUCUAAUGAAUCCAAGAAGGCCUUGCACAGAGGUAAAAUAGCUGAGGCUGAAUUAACAGUGGAUGAAUCAGAAACUGAAUGGGAGAGGAGUUACUGGAAUGAGAACAUUUUGCCUAUUCUACAGGCUCUAGAGGCAGCACAGCAAGAUGGGAACCUUGAAGAACUGUGCAGCAUGUGUAACAAGUUGUGGAAGACUUUGAAUGAUGGCAGCAUGUUAGGAAAGCGAUGCAAAAGGCGAUCUCACAUCUUGAAGUCUUUGUAUAAGUUGGUUGAUGUUGGCUCAGACAGACUUGGUCUUUCCCUGGCUAAGUUAAUUUUAGAGUUGAGAGUAAGUGGCAAAAACCUCUUGAAUAUCUGCAAGCUUGUAUUCAAAAUAAGCAGAAGUGACAACAAUGAUUGCCUCUUCCAAAAAGAGAACAUGAUGGGUGUGUUGCUUGAAGUCUUACAGAAUGAAGAUGCACAAGCUAAUAGUGAGGCUUUCUUGUACUGUUUGGGGACCAUCAAAUUCCUGUCUGGGAACACACUACUGCUCAAUGAAUUACUCAAAAAACAAGCAGUGGAAAUAUUGGUAGAGUUAAUGAAGCAGGUCAUCCGAUUAAACACCAUUCCAGAAAAUAUGACUUCAAAUAUGUGCCAUCUGCUAGUUCAGCUGACUGCAACAUUAAGGAACCUUGCUGAUAUUUCCCAGUCACGUCCAAAGUUUCUUUCAACAAAUGCUUUAAUGGAGUUAUGCAUUCUCUUGGAUUAUUAUAUACAAGAUAAAGAUAUAUGCACCAAUGUUUCUCGAAUAUUAAGCAAACUUUCUCUCUACCAUGAUUGCUGCAUGGCUUUGGCAGACUGCUCCAACUGUUAUGGCAUAUUCUUAUCCGUACUAAACAAACAUUCCAAUAAACAGGAUCUUCUUGUGCGCAUAGUUUUUACACUUGGGAAUCUAACAGCUAAAAGUGAUAUGGCUCGUAAACAAUUUUAUGAACUGGAAGGAAGCAUUAAAGCUCUUUUACGUUUACUGGACACUUACUGCAACCUUGAUAAAAAGACACAAAGUGCUAUGUCUUCUGCAAAGCAAAAACCCACAGGCCAAAAACAGCCAACUGAAGUAGAAGAUGUCUUAAUUAAAAUAGUAAGUCUUCUGGCUAACUUGUCUGUCCAUCCAAAAGUUGGUGAAGGCCUGGCAGCUGACAAGAACUGUGUGUUACAUUUGAUGCAGAUUCUAGAAUACAAGUCAAUUGAGGACUGUGAGGAACUGGUGAUCAAUACUCUUGCAGCAAUUGGCAAUUUGUCUUACUAUCAAAAUGACAGCUCUAUAAUUACCAAAAGAAGAAUGGAGAUUUCUAAUUUGCUAUUACAAUUAAUGCUAUCUAACAACAUGGAGGGAAUACUUGAAGCUACUCGAAUAUAUGGAAAUCUGUCUCAAUACCAGGAUGUACAGGAUUUCAUUUCGGAACAAAAUGUAUAUAAAUUCAUUGUUACCUUACUGGAUUCUGGACAGCAAGAUGUCUGCUUUUCUGCCUGUGGGGUACUGAUUAAUCUGGCUACAGACAGUAAUAAAAAAACUUUACUGAAAGAAGAAGGGGCCAUAAAAAAGUUGGUUGAGUGUUUGCGGGACUUGGGAUGUUCAGACUGGCAUCUAGCUGGAUUAGUGUGCAAAGCUUUCUGGAAUUUCAUGGACAAUUCAACAGAUGCAGGACUGUACCUUGGAUUAGAAGAGACCAACAAACUUAUGGAACUUUUGGCCACUUUCCUUGAUGGACAGAUUGCACUUGAUUGCCACUGGAAUGUAAACCUGAUGGACUACCAAAGGGAAUGCUGGGAAAUAGAAUUUAAACCUGUCGCUUCACUGCUGUUGGAGAAAAUUCGUAGCCAUCAUUUAUAUCUAGAACCUUUGCCAGGUCCAGUGUAGUCUCAAUGAAUGAAUGUCGUUUCUGUGACCUCCAGAAAGUGUGCCUUCUACCUUAUUGUGAGAUUCUGUAAUGUAUAGUAAUUUAUUGAUUGCAGAGCAAUUAUCUGUCAUGUGGAUCAUACAAAGUACUGUGAUUUAAGAAAACUUUCAAUUGUAAUUGUCCAUGAAGAAUAUAUGUAUAUGCACAUUUAUUAGCUAGGAAAGCUAAUUUUUUAAAAUGUUUGUAAACUUUGAUGUAUUUUAAACAAAAUUAAAAAUAAAUCUGCACUAUUUAAA